UCAACAUUUACUGAGCACCUACUAUGUACAAGAUGAACGUCUGCAACAAGCCCUCCAACAAGACAGCCCCUGAGAAGAGUGUGUGGACAGCGCCUGCACAGGCCAGCAGACCCUCCCUGGAGCUGCAGGGCCAGCGGUCCCGCCGGAAUGGGUGGAGCUGGCCCCCUCACCCGCUCCAGAUUGUGGCUUGGCUGCUGUACCUCUUCUUCGCUGUGAUUGGCUUUGGGGUCCUUGUUCCCCUCCUGCCUCACCACUGGGUGCCCGCUGGCUAUGCUUGCAUGGGCGCCAUCUUUGCCGGCCACCUUGUGGUUCACCUGACUGCUGUCUCCAUCGAUCCAGCAGAUGCCAAUGUGAGGGACAAGAGCUAUGCAGGCCCCCUGCCCAUUUUCAACCGCAGCCAACAUGCACACGUCAUUGAAGACCUGCAUUGCAACUUGUGCGACGUAGAUGUGAGCGCUCGCUCCAAGCACUGCAGCGCCUGCAACAAGUGCGUGUGCGGUUUCGACCACCACUGCAAGUGGCUCAACAACUGCGUGGGCGAGAGGAACUACAGGCUCUUUCUACACAGUGUGGCAUCUGCUUUACUGGGUGUCCUGCUCCUCGUGCUGGUGGCCACUUAUGUCUUUGUGGAGUUCUUUGUCAACCCCAUGCGGCUGCGCACCAAUCGCCACUUUGAAGUCCUGAAGAAUCACACAGAUGUGUGGUUCGUGUUCCUGCCCGCUGCCCCUGUGGAGACCCAGGCUCCUGCCAUCCUAGCCCUGGCUGCCCUACUCAUCCUUCUGGGCCUGCUUUCCACAGCCCUGCUUGGCCACCUGCUGUGCUUCCACAUUUAUCUCAUGUGGCACAAGCUCACCACCUAUGAGUACAUCGUGCAGCAUCGCCUGCCACAGGAGGCAAAGGGGGCCCACAGGGAGCUCGAGUCAUGUCCCCCCAAGAUGCGGCCCAUUCAGGAGAUGGAGUUCUACAUGCGGACCUUCAGCCAUGUGCGCCCAGAACCCCCUGGCCAGGCCAGGCCUGCCACCGUGAAUGCCAAAGACUCUGCCUCCCCGGAUCCGACCCCAGGUGAGGGGGACUGUGCUGGGCCCAUGAGGAAGGGUAUGGGAAAGAAGCCUCUACCCUGCCCCACUCCUCUCCUUCUUUGGGUGAAGUGGGGUUUGGGGAAGGGGCACUCAGGCUCCCCAUGUCUCUGCAGAAAAAGAGGAAGCGGCGUGUGUAUAAGGUGCCAACCUCUGGCACCUCGGAUCGGGAAUCGCCGCUGCCCAGGCUGUCGGGGCCCAGGGGCCCAGGUCGCAGCUCCAGCUCAUCAUCAGAUUCCGCGGGCGCCAGCCCAGUGCAUGCCACUGGACCUGCAGGCGCCUACCACUCGGCGUCAGCAGAGUCCAUGGAUGAGAUUCCAGUGGCGCAGACACGCCUGGGCAGCGCUGCUCUGGCCACCCCUGGAGGCAGGGGCCGAGAGCCGGGGCUGGCGCUGCAGGUGCGUGCGCCCGCUGUUUUCGUGAGCCCAAGCAGCGGCGAGCCCGGGGCGCGGGGCGGUCCAGAGACCGGCCUACCUUAGCAGGGCGGAGAGGCAGGAGGGCCAAGGAGGACCGGCCAUCCCGACUCUCUAUGCAACACCCCCACCCUUGCCGCACCGAGUGCACUUUAGGGGCCCCUAUGGCCAGCGGGAUGGGUCCCCUUCUCCCAUGACUCAGCAAUACCCCCUCCCCCCCAACCGGCCAUGAUGCUCCAAUAAACUUUUUUUUUUUUUUUUUAAUGCUUUUGCGGACUUAGUGCAUACUUCUUAAUGGCAAGGGCCAUAGGCCCUCCUGGAACUGGACCAUUGUCAGUCGGUCUAGGGGCAGAGGGUAGGAUGAGCCCCCUCAUACACUGAGUGGCCACCUAAGUUGUCAUAUAGAGAGGUACACGAGGACCUAAGGUGCUCAGGUACAGGGCCCCCGUUGUGAAAAGUCCUGGAAGGCUGCCUGGAGGAGGUUAUUUGUCUUGAAAAUAGGGUUUAUACUUGAAAGGGAAAACAGGCUUUGGGAUCCGGAGGCAGCAGAGGGGGCAGGGACUGUGAGGCCGGCACCGGGGUGGAGUGGGAAUAGAAGACCUCAGAAGUCUUUAAACUUCUUCCUGAUGUGGGGAUUACUGUUGGGGGGCUUGGGGAUUCGUGAUUAGUGCAUUGGUCCCUCCUGCUCUCAGUGCUUUUGAGUUGUGGCCUGGGGAUGCCACACGUUAUUGGGAGAGCUGUGGCCUUGAGCCAGCUCUAGAACCCACUGCCAUUGAGAGGAAGGGCUUUCUCGCUCCUCUGCCAGCCCUCUGCCCCCCCCUCCCCUC